AGCGUAGACCUGGAUGACCACCACAAACCUGAGUUUAGAAGAGUUUUUAGUUCUUCCAUCAUUGAAAAUGGCCAUCAGUCUUCAUCAGGUCAGGCAAAAGUCUCCCAUGAACUGACCUCUUUUCACAUGUCAGACUCUUCCCCUGAAGCCCAUGCUCCUGCAGUCACCUUACAGAUGCCCCACCUUCCCGUUACUGCAGUAACGAGGAUAUCAGAGAAGUUUUCAGGAGAGACCAUCUGUUCAACAGGAGCAACUAAUGUGUCUGCUGGCCUGCCAGGACAGAGCAAGAGCAAAAAUGCAAUGGCAGUGAAAACUGCUAACCAGUCAGAGGAUACCACUUCUGUCACUGCUGUGUCACUACAGUCUGUCUCAGCUGUGAGCUAUGGGACGAAUAGCGGAGCCAAAACUGGCGAAAGUGCCACUGACAAUUACUGUGAUGUGACCCCCAGCUCUCGCUCCUCUCCCCCCACCGUACAUCGCCAAGUUGAAAGAAGGCGAGAACUGGUGCGAUCUCAGACGCUCCCACGGAUUACAGGAACACAGGCCAGGAAAGCACUUUUUGAGAAAUUUGAACGCGAUAGUGGAAA